AUGCAACAAGAGCUAGAAGAACAGGCAGAGGUAGAAAGGAAGAAGGAAGAAAUGUAUGAUAAUAUAUCUAUUAAAAUACAAAAAUUAGAAGAAAAGAUAGUUGUGUUAAAAGAAUGGAAACAACGAAUGAGUGUGGAACUGAGAAGAGUUAAGGUUCAGAAAAAAAAUCAUCCUAAUCUCCAAUAUUCAGAGCAAAAUACAGUCAUAUCUGGAGAAACAGAACCUCACCAUGUUUCUAUCCCUGUUCCUUCAGCACAUGUUUUACCUCAGCAAGCAUACUCUAAUUCACAUCUUCAUGCCCAGGAGUCACAAAAUCUACCAGGAAACCAUGUUUCUAUCCCUGUUCCUUCAGCACAUGUUUUACCUCAGCAAGCAUACUCUAAUUCACAUCUUCAUGCCCAGGAGUCACAAAAUCUACCAGGAAACCAUGUUUCUAUCCCUGUUCCUUCAGCACAUGGUUUACCUCAGCAAGCAUACUCUAAUUCACAUCUUCAUGCCCAGGAGUCACAAAAUCUACCAGGAAACCAUGUUUCUAUCCCUGUUCCUUCAGCACAUGUUUUACCUCAGCAAGCAUACUCUAAUUCACAUCUUCAUGCCCAGGAGUCACAAAAUCUACCAGGAAACCAUGUUUCACACCCUUCUACAGGACCCUCCUAUUCUGCCCUUCCCAUGAGAACUGGUCCUCAAAAACAACGUAUAAACCAGCCUAAUAUGUAUUAUAGAGGGAAUACUAACUUAAAUGCGAGAAAUAAUUAUUAUUCUGUUCCUUAUAGACCUGAUCCUCAUUCUAUGCCGUAUGGAGGGACUCUUGCGAUACCACCUCCUCAAACACAUUCUAAUGUCAUCACCCAUGGCUAUCCUAUCAGACAACCAUUCUUUGCACCACCUCCUCAAACACAUCCUAAUGUCAUCAAUCCUGGCUAUCCUAUCAGACAACCCUUCUAUGCACCACCUCCUCAAACACAUCCUAAUGCCAUCACCCCUGGCUAUCCUAUCAGACAACCAUUCUUUGCACCACCUCCUCAAACACAUCCUAAUGUCAUCACCCCUGGCUAUCCUAACAGACAACCCUUCUAUGCACCACCAUCUCCUCAACCUGUGGAACCAGGAAGUUAUGCACAAUUUGAACCAGAUCAAAAUGUCUAUAGACCAGUCCUACCACCACCAAUUAGACAUAGUUCUCUUCUACCUUCUGUUGUUUCUCCAUGGCAACAUCCAGAAAGAAGGUGUUUUUAUAACCAACCUCAAAUGUAUACUGAAGCUCAUGGCCCUUAUGUAAGGAAUGAAUUUCAAAUUUAA